ACUGCGAAGGGGUUGGAGGAGUAGGAUUCAUGCUGUCUACGUAAGCUGUGGGUGUGGGUGAGCUCCCGGAGUGUGACGCGGUGGAGUCCUAGCCAUGCUACUCUUCUGCCCGGGCUGUGGGAAUGGGCUGAUCGUGGAGGAGGGGCAGCGCUGUCACCGCUUUGCCUGCAACACGUGCCCCUACGUGCACAACAUCACCCGCAAGGUAACAAACCGGAAGUAUCCAAAGCUGAAAGAAGUGGAUGAUGUACUUGGAGGAUCAGCAGCCUGGGAGAAUGUUGACUCUACUGCAGAACCAUGUCCCAAAUGCGAACAUCCUCGUGCCUACUUCAUGCAACUUCAGACCCGCUCUGCAGAUGAGCCGAUGACCACCUUCUACAAGUGCUGCAAUGCCCAGUGCGGACACCGCUGGAGGGAUUAGACUGGUGCAGCUGCCUCAGUAUCUGCUGGGAGUGGGAACUGUGUGUCCUGGGGGUGUUUAUCAGUAUAGAGAGAAGCUGACCCUUUUGGGGUGAGGGCCAGCCUGUCAGGAAAUGUAAUCAUCUGCCAAUUAGAGUGAGUGAAGUCAUUAAUGUCCAGGGAGUUUUUGUGUGUGGGGAGGAGACCUGAAAAGAAGUACACUCAGGGGCCAGGGAUUUAGCUCAGUGGUUUUGCCACCUGUUGUGCAAGCGCAAGGACCCGAGUUCAAUCCCCGGUACCAAAAGAAAAAAAAAAAAAAGAAGUACACUCAGUUUAAAGUCCUGUUCCUUCAUCUUUUAGAUUUACUGGGAGGUUGACAUUUCUUUACCACCAUCCAACAGUCUGCACUGUUGCACACUAAAUAGCCCUAAAUAUUUAGCUUAUUUAAUCAAAAUUUAUUCUGAGCGUAAGGUCCCGAGUUCAAUCCCCAGUACCAAAAAAAACUUUAUUCUGAAUAUUUCAUAAAAAUUGAAAGCUAAUACUGUUGUUUCGUUGUUGUUGUUGUUAUUGUUGUUUUAAGUCCUGGGCAUUAAACCCAGAGACACUGUUGCACUGAGCUAUAUACACCCAGCCUGUUUUUAAUUUUGAGUCUAGGUGAGGCUCAAAGUUAUAGUCCUUCUGUGUUGGCCUCCCAGAUUGCUAGGAUUAUAGGAAUGGGGCACCAUGCCAAGCUAGCAUCACUACUCUUGGGUUUGGGGGCUCUUAUUGAGUAAAAUAGGGAUUGCUUGAACACAGGCAUAGGGACACCAGGACAGUUGUUCUGAUAACUGAGACAGCCACUGAGUUGCUCAUGGGUAAGAGUAGUGUAAAACAUGACAUUCUGGAUGGAGAACAUUGACAUCCCAGGCAGGAUGGAGGGGACACCAUAAGAUUUCAUCACACAGUUCAAAUGGUGUGCAAUUUAAAACCUAUGAAUUGUUUUGGGUGUGGUGGCACAUUCCUAUAACCCCCAGCUCCAUGGGAGGGUGAGGUAGGAGAAUCCCAAGUUCAAGGUCAGCCUGGGCAACUUUGAGAGACCGUAUCCCAAGACAAAUAAUAACAACAAAAAUAACUCCUGAAUUGUUUAUUUUUAGGAUUUUCUAUUUAAUAUUUUCCAAGCAUUUUGAAAUCUUGGAAAGCAAAAUUGUAAAUAGUUGGAAGACUACUGUAUGUGGAUUUUAAAACUGCUAAGAGUAAACUUUGAAUGUUCUCACCA